CGCCCCCCCGGCCUAUAUAAACAGAGCUGCUCUGGUGAUGAGCCUCAUCGGCAGCGAAGAGCCUAGCUACUAGCUUCUUACUCCAAGCCAAGCAAGCUUCAGUGUCUGCAGCAAGCAGGAAGCAGCAGCGGAAGACAAGAUGAAGAGCAGCACGCGCGCUCUGCUCGCGGUCCUGGUCCUCCUGGCCGUCCUGGUCUCUGCUGCCGUGGCGGAAUCCAACGGCGUGGGCACGAGCGCUGCGAAGAAGAAGGCGUGCUGCUCCACCUGCACCAGCUGGUCGGGCGUCUACACCUGCGACGACCUGCUGACCAAGUGCGCCGCCACCUGCAAGAACUGCGCCGCCGUGCCAACGGACAAGGGAACCCGCUACAGGUGCCGCGACUUCCUCCCCGAAGGCUGCCCCUGCAAGGCCAACUGAUCAGAUGGAUCGACGCAUGCUCCGUCCAAGUUGCAAGACAUCAAUAAUCCGUUGCUGUUUGCGCCAUGUUUAUGCAUGUAUCUCGUCCCAGUCGAGAUGGAGAAUAAAAUUAAGCCAGGCGGAUGACUAGCAUGUUAAUCAGUAUACUGUUCAUUCUCGGUC